AGAAAUAAAAACACAAGGAGGUUGAGGGGGAGGUACAAGAGUUUGAUAGACGCUGCGCUGCAAUGUUUGCAUAAAACAUUAAAUAACUGCAGGGUUUUGCAAAUGAGGACAAACACGGUAUUCUAAACCCUUGUAUAAGUACUUGUUUAUAUUUCCUGUUGGGGUUUUUGACAGGCGACAAAGCCUGUGCACUGCAAUGACUGUCCUUUAAUGGGAAUAUUCAGGACUCUCACCUCCAAUUUGACUGUCAUUCGUUUGAGUUCAGUAAGAAAUAACAAGGUGAGUCCUGCCACACUUAGAAAAGAGACAUUUGGAGGUCAGAAAUAGUGAUAUAAUGCACGCUGAACUAUAGUCUUUUAUUUCAGAUUAUCAUGGCAAGACGACUUCACGCAAGCAGGACAGACGGAGUGGACAAAAACGUUUGGUAUGGACUCAAUGGGACAAAGGUCUCAAACAGAAGAGAUCAUUGACUGUUUUUUUUUUUUUUUUAGCUUAAAACCCUAAAUACGCCACAUACAGAGAACUAAACCUGCGUUUUUAUAGUUUUACCUUCUAGCAAGACGACAUCUGAUUGGUGGAGUGUAUGGGUGGAACAAUUUAGGAGAGCAUUGUUUUUAUUUUCAUUUGGCUGAUUAUAAAUCUGCUUUUGUCACUCAGUGUAGUUAUAAAUAAAAAAAUUUAAAAAAGCAAAUAAUUAUAAAAAAUAUAGACUUGGAGAAUAUAUAGGCUUGGAAAAUAUAGAUAAUCGAAACUAUGAAAGAUAAGAUAAGAAGAACUUUAUUAAUCCCCGAAGGGAAAUUCAAUUGUCUGUUGUCUCACAUAAUAUGCCUCUAAAAGUUAUCUAUUAUUUACACAAGAGUUAUAAAAACUGAUGGUUGUUGGUAUAAAAGAUCUUCUGAGUCUUUUUGAGGUUUACCCACCUUUUUAAACACACUGCUAUUAUUGUGAACAUAACUGUAAGAGUAGCUGCUUGAUAAAGAUAGCAGUAAUUUAAUGUCUGAGCUGUUUUACAUCUACAGGGUUGAAUUCACAAAGCUGGCAGCUGACUACAAAGCAGUGAACCUUGGACAGGGAUUUCCUGACUUCUCCCCUCCGAAGUUUGUGCAGGAUGCUUUCUGUAAUGCUGUGAGUGGAGGGUUCCAGAUGCACCAGUACACCCGAGCUUUUGUAAGUGCAGUUUGUCUUUCGAUGGAUGUCACAAUGCAAGUGUAUUUCCUUGUGUUUUUUAACCAGAUGUUAGUAGAAUGAAUGGAUGCAAAUCAAACAGCUGUAGUAAGCUCCUGUUUUUAUGUUUUGUGUUUUUUUAAUCCAAAGGGACACCCCCCUCUUGUAAAAAAUAUGGCUAAAUUCUUCAGCAGGAUUGUUGGGCAUGAGAUUGACCCUUUUGAGGACAUCCUGGUCACAGUUGGAGCCUAUCAGGCACUUUUUAGUGCAUUUCAAGCUCUGAUUGAUGAAGGAGAUGAGGUAUGUAAUCAGCCCAAGUCAGGUCUAGACAACAUGAUAUCAAAACUGAUAACAUAAAAUCUAUUUAUGUGGUUUAUGAAUGAAUGUACGAGUGACACAAAGAUUUGUAAAUACCUGUCUUCCAGGUUAUAAUUGUUGAGCCGUUCUUUGACUGCUACCAGCCGAUGGUGAAGAUGGCUGGAGGGAAGGCAGUGUAUGUACCUCUGAGACCUGUGAGUGGUUAACAUGCAGUAGAUCUUGAGCAUCUGUCAGCUCAUACAGGUCCAUGAGAGAUGUAGCCUUUAUUGUGUUUGGUUACUUUCAGAAAGCUGAUGGUGCCAUCCUGUCUAGUGGAGACUGGGUUCUGAAUCCCAAGGAGUUGGAAAGUAAAAUCACCCCAAGCACAAAAGCCAUAGUUAUCAACACUCCCAACAACCCUUUAGGAAAGGUAAGGAAGCGUGUACCGUUUUAGUGGUUUGAAUGAGCUAGCUGAUGGAUGCAGUAUGUCUGUAAUGCAUAUUAGUGUAAGCUGUAAAAGCUGUGGAGUGUUGCAUGGGUUUAAAUGCCAAAACGCGUCACUUUAAAUAACUAAAUGAAUGGCUAAAUAAAUUAAAUGAUUUUGCAUUAAAACAUAGCAUGUAUUUAUCUCUCUUGUAGGUAUAUAAGACUGAGGAACUCCAAAUGAUCGCUGAUCUCUGCAUCAAACAUGACAUGCUAUGCAUCAGUGACGAAGUGUAUGAGUGGCUGACUUAUGAUGGAGCCAAGCAUGUCAAGAUAGGUGAGACACAGUCAGAGGAAUACACUAAGUACAAGGCUGCUUUAUUGGUACAUUAAUCAAUUCUGCGUAUCCACAGCCAGCCUUCCUGGGAUGUGGGAGCGAACUAUCACUGUUGGCAGUGGGGGGAAGACUUUUAGUGCAACUGGCUGGAAGGUAAAUACACAAAUUGUUAAGUUUUCCAAAAAUAAGAGCCUCUGUUAUGCGUACUAUUAUGAUCAUCUGCUGUGUUCUUCUUAGGUUGGCUGGGCCAUCGGGGCUGGACAUAUCAUUAAACACAUGAAAACCAUCCAUCAGAACACUGUUUACCACUGCGCCACGGCUGCUCAGGUAGUGAUGUAGUGAUUUAAUUAGACUUUAGAAGUACAAUGUUCCUCUUUAGCUUUUCUCAGAGGACACCUCACAUCCUCUGAUAACUACAGUCAUUCUCUCAGCGGCUACAUUCAGAGAGGUUUAGUUCAGAUUUUUACCCAGCGUACUUCACUUAUAAAAACUACAUCAUGUAACUUAUUUUUUGAAUUUUGAUUUUAUUUUAUUUUAUAACUGACCUUGAUUUUAUGUUGGUGUGUGCUUUGUAUGUUUAACAUUUGUUUAAUGGUUUUGGUUAAAGUGCGAUACAAACAUAGUAUUGUGAUCAUAAUAAAUCUACAAUACUAGGUUUGAUGAGAUUGUCUAAUCAUUUUCAGAUACCUAGGGGACUCAUUUUGCUUCCUUUUUCUACCUUUUAUUCAUUCCCUCACUAGGAAGCAGUUGCUCAGGGAUUUGAGAGAGAGUACGAGGUGUUUGGGACUCCAGAGAGUUACUUUCUGCAGCUUCCUGCGAUGCUGUACCACAAAAGGAACAAGCUGGCUGCAUGUCUGCAGAGCGUGGGUCUGCAGCCCAUCAUGCCAGAGGGGGGAUACUUUAUGAUUGCAGACAUCUCCUCUGUCAGUGAGUGAAAAACAUGCACCUAUUUUCAACAGUGCAUCUGUGCAAUAAAAAAUAAAAAUAUUCUUUAUGUUUGUUUUUUGGAUGUUUUGUUGAAGUAUAACAUGGCUUUCUUUUGACAGAGGUAGACUUAAAUGACAAGAGAACCGAGGGUGAAUCUUAUGACUUCAGAUUUGUUAAAUGGCUAACUAAAGAGAAGGUAAAAGUUCUGAAUUUUAAUUGGUAUAUUUAUUGGAUUUUACAGAAAGCAGAUGCAUGAAGUUAAUAUCCUUUGUAGCUUUUUUUGGUAUAGUGUUUCUGAUUUGAUUCUUUCCUGCAGGGCUUAGCUACAAUUCCCGUCUCUGCGUUCUACAGUCCAGAGCACAGCAAGGAGUUUGACAAAUACAUCAGGUUUUGUUUUGUAAAGGUAAAUCUGAUCGAUGUAUUCAGAUAAAUCAAAACUGAACCCUCGUUUUUCCCUCAGUCUUUUUCACUCGCUCCUUUGUUUCUCUUUCUUACAGGAGGACUCGACUUUAGAUGCAGCAGGGGACAUCUUGAGAAAGUGGAGUCAGGCGCAGUAAAACCGUCCUGAGAAGAAGUAUUACCCGUCCCCCCAUGUCACUGAACCACUCAAACCAACCUGGGUUACCUCUUAAUUUAAAACGAGCCAUAAAAAGUGUUCUUGCAUUAAAAAUGCAUGAAAACAACGUCCGCUUUUAAUUGUCCUUGUACUGAAAAACACUGGAAAAAGAGAAAGUCCUUUUAAAUGUUCCUCUGUAAUGAAUGUAGCAGAAAUGUUUCUCAAUAUAGUAUUUCUCUAAUCUAAGGGAUGUGUUAACCUUUUUAAAUUAAAUCAUGUCCUUUCCCUUUAUGAAUAUAUUUUUCUUGAAUCAAAGUUUAAUAAAGACUUUAAAGCUCCUGUGAAAA